AUGGCCGGAAACCCCCGCAGAGGAGCCGGAUUUAUCGGGCUGAUGAAGGACGCUUUUCAGCCGCAGCAGCCUCUGCAACAGCCCGCAGUGGUGGAGAAGAAGAUGGUGGAGAAGUGCUGGAAACUCAUGGAUAAGAUCUCAGUAACUCACAGAGAUAAGCCCCUCCCCCUUCCCCCUGCCCUUAGAGAGCUGCCCCCCCCUCCCCCACCUGAGCGUCCCUCCCCCUCUCUGAUUGGUCAGGACUGCCGGCUGCAGAGGAGGCCCCUCCCCUCGACCCCCGACCAAUCAGCAUGGGCCUCAAACUACAUGGUUCCCCGCCCGGCAACCAAGGUCCUGCCCACCACCUCCUCUGUCUCCCCCUCCCCCCCCAACGGAGACGCCAUCAAACCUCAGGCCGCCACCAACGCCGUUUACUGCCUCGCUGCCAGGUCUCUGUCUGCGAUGGCGAGCGCUGAGAGGCCCCCGUCUGACGAGGAGGAGAACGAGUACAUGAGCCCCACCUCGCUGCCUGUCUGCGGGGCCGCGUGGGUCCUCUCCGGCUCCCUGGUGCCCCCCCCACCCGUCAACAACAACAACCACAACGACGUCAGUGAGUUGGUCGACAGCGACUCUGAGGAUCCUCAAGUCUACGAGUCCAUGUUUAACAUCCAGGCUGCUUCCUCUGAGGCCUCGGACCCCGAGCCCCCUCCCCUUCCAGCGGUGGUUCCUCAGGAGAAGAAGGAGGACUCGGCUGAGGAGGAGAUCUACGAGUACGACUGUCCGAGACCCAUCCUCCCCCCCGCCCCCACCCGCAGGACGCUGUCAGACAUCGGGGGUCCAUCAGCGUCCUUCAGCACGCUCAGCAUCGACAGCGCCGUCGAAGCCAGUAUGUUUUCAGUGGAGCCUGAACGCCCCCCCAAACCUCUCCCUCGACGAGCAAACUCCGACCGAAGACCUCGUCCCGCAAACCGUGAAUUACCCGCUCCGUUACCAGAACUCCCUUCAACCUCUUCUUCCACCUCUUCUUCCCCUACUCCCCCUCCUCCUAUUGCUCUCCCUCUUCCUCUUCCUCUCCCUCUUCCUCUCCCUCCUCCCACCACUCACCCGGGGAACCAGUCCCUGAACGGAGAGAUCGAGUGCCUCGUGUCGCAGGGAUACUCCUUACAGGACAUCCAUAAAGCGCUGAUGAUCGCGCAAAACAACCUGGAGACGGCCAAAAACAUCCUGCGGGAGUUUGUUUCCAUCCCAUCGUCUGCUCACAUCGCCACAUAGUCACUCCUCUUCCUCUUCCUCUUCCUCACCUGCUGUGUCUCUCCACUCUGUGCCAUUAUCACGGAAAAAGCAUUUACCGAGCACUUUUCCUGCAGGGCCACUCAAGGCCAAACGGAAAUGCUGCGUUCAGGAGAGAUAUCAUCUGAGUUUUAUUGUGAAAAUAUAUGAGUUUGUUGAACCGAUGCCAAGUGUUCGUCCUUGAUGCUUCAUCGUUAUCUCGUUGUUGCAACUUGAAAAUUGAGGGGUUUUGUUUUUAAGCUACCGUUUGUAUGUUGGCAAAAAACUUUGACAGAGAAGCCUAUGGUGGCCCGGAAGGUCAAAACACAGCAAAAUGUAACAUAAAGGAAAAAGACUUAAGUAAACCUCACAACCGUUUACAAAAGCAUUUCCCCAAACACAAAAAUAAUGUCAGGUUUUUGGGGAAAUGUCUUGUUUUGACCUUCAGGGCCACCGUACAGUCGGAUAUGACCUGAACGCAGCACACGUGAAGCCUUUACAGUUAAAGAAAACCCUGACAACAAUUAACAAAACCAUUUGACAAAUAGCUAAAACAUUUCAAAAAACACAACCAACAUUUGAACUGUGUUUUCGUUGCGUUUUGACCUUCAGGGCCACCGUACUCUCGAUAUGACCUGAACGCAGCACGCCUGAAGCCUUUACCGUUCUUAAGCCGAUGUUUGACCCCGUUCGUGUUUCCUGUAGAGGGAAAUUCGUGUCUGAAUUCCACUGCCGUUCAGUUUGGUGCUUUAAAAAAAAAAAAAAAUGCUUCUUAGCGGCGUACGAAUAAUGUAGCGGCGGCGAGAAAACAAGUGGUGUUUGUAUGCUGAUGAAUGUGCAGAAUCGCAGGGCUUCAUGUCUCCAUAUUUCCUCUCGAUGAUGGAUCUCUAAUGAAAUAACAGAUGUUUAAGUAACUUGUUGUGCUGUGUUUAGUACUAACAAUGGCUGGAAGUUCAUUUCCUCAUUUAACUCGUCAUUUAAAGCUUCUGGUUUCUACUAAUAAGCAGAAAAAGGACUUUGACAUGUGCUGCUGGAUCUCCUCUCACGUCUUCAUGGGAUUUUUUUGGCUCCGCGUCACAUUUGUACCCAGCUGAGGAAUCAGGUUGAAGGGAUUUACAUUAAAGUGUAAAAGCAGAAGGUCUUCAUGUGGACGCAGGUACUGCUUCACAGCUAGGUUUGAAUGUAAAGAGAGGAACAUGUGCUAAAGGACACAUGAUAUAAUGAACGAGCACGAGCUAAUGACGAAAACAUUCCUAAGAUUAGAUUUGCCCGCUUCUUGUUACUCGCUGAUACAAAGGAAAUUCCACAAUCCUCUCGACGCCACGGUAAAACGGUUUGUUAUCUUUGUUAUUUAGCCAUUGGGAGUUAACGGCUAAAAACACCAAAAUAUUAAAUAUAUCCAAUAAAACUGCAUUAAACACUCCUUUAGUACAGUUUACAUACUUUUUUGUUAGGAAUGUAAACAGGUUCCUUCUCCAAUAUCCAUUUUAUAUGACUGUGAAUACAUCUUAAAAACAACUUGUGUUCAAGCUGUUAACAGCUAGCAGCUAAGCUAAAAAACAAAACAUUAAAUUUAAUGUACUUCAUUCUACACUCAUUGUUAGGAAGUUAAACAGGUCCCCUUCUCUGAUAUCUAUUAAAUAUUUCUAUGAAAACAUCUCCUUCAAAACUACUUUAUUAAUUCGAGUUUGUUAGCUGUUAGCUCCAUCAUUUAGCUUCCGUCUGACAACAGCUAACGGCUAACAAUACAAUGGUAAAAAGACAUAAGCUUUAAAUGUCAUGUUCUUCAUUAUACACUCCUUUAUUAAAGUAACACAGGUCCCCUGUGAUAGCUAUUUAUUAAACUGUGAAAACAUCUUGUAAAACAACUUCAUUAAUUCAAGUUUGUUCACGCUGCUAACGGCUAGCAGCUAUUGGCUAGCAGCUAUUGGCUAAUGUUAAUUAUAGCUCUCCUGCCGAUUUUGAGAGUUUAUUAAAUAUGAUAUAAGUAUAAGUCUUGCAUUGAAAAUCUUACUGAAGUAAAGGUUAGUAUACUCAAAAUGUAGGUAAAGUAUUAAAGUACCCAAUUGUGAAAAAUCAUAAAAAUAAAUUUAAAAAAACAUCCAAAAACUUUAAAUACAUUUUUUUUUUAAUGGAUGGAAAAUUCAGUGAUUUUUAAAAGAUGCCAUUUUAAUCAUCCCUCGAUUGUUUAUGAACUGUUGGCCAGUUUAAUGUAAUUGUAGAGAAAUGGGAGUAAAGAAAAUACACAAGUACAAGUAUGUCACAUGUGAACUUAAAAACUCAACUUGAGUAAAUGUACUUCACACGAAGUCAAACUGAAUAUUUUGUGUAUUUUUCUCAGGUUUUCAGUUUUUUCAGUGGACCAAUAACGAGCGUCUCAUUUCCAAUUUCGCGUUUAGAAACAGGAAGUGUCCCGUCUAACAUUGAGUGCAAUUUCCUCCCUUUUAUCCCCUCAAAUCCCCUUAAAUCGUCACUUUGGAUUUCUGCAGUAACGUGUAAAUGUGCCUUCUGUCGACAAACCAAAACACGACACAUUUAUUGCUUAAAUUAAAUAUACACACUUUUCUCUUUCUCCGUUAUUACUUUUUACUUUAUUCCUGCAGAUAUACACUUUGAAGGAGCUGGAGUUUGCAGGCAAAGCAUCAAAGGAAAUAUAUAUAUAUAUAUAAAUAAGAGCCACAUUAAAACUAGAUUUAUUUUAAAAAGUCAAAAUAAAUAUCAAACCCUCUUUAUUUUGUACACAGAGUACAGCACACAGCGAAAGUAUAACUGCAUCAAACACAGUCCCUACAGACUGAGACAAAUGUAAUAGUUACGGGCAUUGUGACGUAAAAGAAAAAAAAUGCAUGUUAGCGCCCCCUAGUGGACAACUAAUGCGCGAUUUACAAAUGCUUUUUAAAGUAAAAUAAAAAAAAUGCUUUUAUGAUUGAACUAUCUUCUAAUUAUGAGGUACUAUCUACUCCUUCUCAUAAACACCGUCAUAUGUUUAUACAGUGAAUGCUAUAUGCGACCGUACUGCAGGAUUAAACGAUGAUACCUCCUAAGGGUGGGGGGAUAUGAAGAUAAUGUGGCAAAAAAUUUAAUAUUUAGAAAACGAAUCUUUGCAUUUAUAGGAUGUUAUUAAUAAAUUAAAAUACUAAAUUAAGUGCUGUAAUAUUUGCAUUGUUUACAUCACUUGUUAUUGUCAGUAACAAGGCAUAUUAAAUAGAAAUUGGCUGUAAUAAUAAUAAUAAUGCAUUUACCUUUUAUAAAUCAAAACAUGUCUUAAUAUUAUUCAUAUGAUGGUAUAUUAUCAUCUUUUAACAAUACAAAAAUAUUGGUAUAAUUGAAAAAUAUUGCCGUAUCUCCCGCCCUCAGUUUAGAUAUCUUUAAGACUGCAGAUUUUAAUUUGAUAAAUAAAUUGAAAAUAAAAAUCUGAAUCAAUUCAGGGCCGUCUCCUUGCUAUUGAAAAUACAAUAAGUACUGUAUGCCCCCAACACACACACACACACACACACACACACUCCCUCACUGAUGUCUCAGCUGGUCUUUAAUGAUGUAUUUGUGAUAUAUUAAUAACGGUCACUCGCCUUCUCAACUUGCCUACUAAAAGUCGUCCUCAUGCUUUGUUGUUGUAAAUAUGAUUUUAUUUAUUGUCUUUUUAAUAUCCUCAGCAUUCGUUGUGUUGCCAUGUUUUCAUGCCUAAGCCAUUAAGAUUUUUAAUUAAACAAUAUUUUCUUUAA